AGGGGCAGCAGUGGCAGCUGCUGGGCGCCUCGUAGCCGCUUCGCGCGUGCUCUCUUGAUCCCUUCCCUCGCGCCGCGCUCUCGGGAGGGGGAAGGGCGGACUCGACCGGUUCCGAGAGUCUGCGAAGAGGGCGAGAGAACCAGACACGCGCCCCCCCGGGCACCUUCGGCUCAACCGUCCGGGACCGAAGGCGGCGUCAGUGGUAGUGACGAUUCCAGGAUGGAAGGGGACCGGCUGGAACCCGUCGUUACCAUUAAGAAUAUUGAACGAGAACUCAUCUGCCCAGCAUGCAAGGAGUUAUUUACCCAUCCACUUAUUCUCCCUUGUCAACAUAGUAUCUGCCACAAAUGUGUAAAAGAAAUUCUAUACUUAACAUUUGAAGAUUCGUUCAAUGAUGCUGCCUCAGAAACUUCCAAUCAUAGUAGCCCUCGCAGUAGAAUGAAUUCCCCUAGCUUGGAUAGAAUUGACAGGGUUAAUAGAUCAGGUUGGAAACGCAAUUCAUUGACUCCUAGGACAACUACCUUCCCUUGCCCAGGAUGCCGGCAUGAUGUAGAUCUUGGCGAACGUGGCAUCAGUGGCCUAUUUCGAAAUGUCACCUUGGAAACUAUUGUAGAACGGUACAGGCAGGCAGCGAGGGCAGCCACAGCUAUUAUGUGUGAUCUAUGUAAACCUCCAGCACAAGAAUCCACAAAGAGCUGCAUGGAUUGUAGUGCAAGUUAUUGCAACGAAUGCUUCAAAAUACACCAUCCCUGGGGAACUUUAAAAGCCCAACAUGAAUAUGUGGGACCAACCACCAAUUUCAGACCUAAAAUUUUGAUGUGUCCGGAACAUGAAAUGGAAAAAGUAAAUAUGUACUGUGAAAUAUGCAGAAGACCUGUUUGUCACCUUUGCAAAUUGGGUGGUACACAUGCAAAUCAUCGAGUGACUACCAUGAGCAGUGCCUACAAAACACUUAAGGAGAACCUUUCACAGGAUAUACACUACCUCAUUAGUAAGGAGAGCCAUGUGAAAAACCAAAUUACAGAGCUUGGUCUUUUAGUGAAAGAAGCUGAGUGCAAUGGUGAAAGAGCGAAGGAGGAAGCUUCUAAUAACUUCGAUAAGCUGCUUCAUGUUUUGGAGGAAAGGAAAAACACUGCACUUAGAGCUAUUGAAGCAUCCAAAAAUUUAAGAAUGGACAAAUUGCAUUCUCAAAUAGAAGAGUAUCAAGGACUUCUAGAAAAUAACGGCCUAGUGGGAUAUGCACAAGAAGUUCUCAAAGAAACAGACCCAUCCUGUUUUGUUCAAACAGCAAAGCAGCUUCAUGAUAGAAUUCAGAAAGCUACUGAAUCUUUAAAGUGCUUCAGGCCUGCAGCUCAAGCUUCUUUUGAAGACUUUGUUCUUGACAUAGAAAAGCAACAGGAAGCUCUUGAAAAUAUGUGUUUCCAUUCAAAUGGGAAUGAUAUACCAGAAAUCAGUGAGGAACGGAGCAAAAUGUAUAACAAAGCUUUGAUCUGUUGGGAUCAUCCACAGAAAACAGGUUCAGCUGAUACUUACAUACUUGAAUAUCGCAAGCUUAAUAAAGAAGAGGCUAAUACAGCAUGGCAAGAAAUUGAAGUCUGCAGUAAGAGUGAAAUAAUUUCUGACCUUGACACAAACAGUACCUAUGCCUUUAGGGUCAGAGGAUAUAAAGGAUCUAUCUGUAGCCCAUGGAGCAGAGAACUUAUCUUACAUACACCACCAGCUCCAGUUUUCAGUUUUCUUUUGGAUGACAAAUGUGGCUACAAUAGUGAACGUCUUCUGCUAAAUGCAAGAAGAAAUGUUGUGGAAAGCAGAGCUGGGUUUCCUCUGCUUUUGGAAGCUGAACGUAUCCAACAAGGCUGUUACACUGCCCUGGACUACAUUAUUGGAGACACUGGUGUUGUGAAAGGAAAGCAUUUCUGGGCUUUCCAUGUGGAACCCUAUUCAUAUCUUGUGAAAGUAGGAGUUGCAUCUGAUGUUAAGAUCCAAGAAUGGUUUCACAAUUCUCGUGAACAAAGUAGCCCCAGAUACGAACAAGACAGUGGUCAUGACAGUGGGAGUGAAGACAUCUUUGCUGAGUCCUUGCAGCCUUUCACAUUAAUAACCAUAGGCAUGAAAAAAAUGUUUAUUCCUAAGGCAUCAUCUGCUUCAGCUGCUCCCAAAGAUUGUGUGAACAGAGUUCUUCCCAUGCCAUCAAACAUUGGAAUCUGCCUUGACUGUGACAAAGGCAACAUUGGAUUCUAUGAUGCAGAUCGGAUGAAGUGUCUUUAUGAACGCCCAGUGGAAUGCUCUGGUAAAAUGUAUCCAGCUUUUGCAUUAAUGGGGAGCUCAGGAAUUCAUCUAGAAGAAACAAUUGCAGCGAAAUACCUGCAAUAUCAGGAUGAAGACAUUUAAUACCCAAGGACCCUUUAGCUUUGUGUCUUAAUUACAUCAUAACUCCAAGUGCAUCUGCUGCACCCCCUGCUUUCGAGUCUGUUUUUCUUUUGUUUUUUAAUUGCAGAAAAAAAACAUCUCUACUAAAUGUCUAGUGUCCAGAAAACUCUA